GUGAUUGUGUGCGUCCUUGCUCUGCUCCAUACUAUUGUCGUUAAAAUCCAACCCAACAUUCAUAAUAAUUAAACCAACAAUUCAUAUAUUUAUUAUAUAUUGUUUUAAACAAUAGCCAUUAUAUAACUAUAAUAAAUAUAAAUUAUUGUGCGGCAAAUAAAAUUUUACAAACGUGAGAACGAGAAUAAAUGAUAAUUAAUAACCAAGUAAAUUGAAUAAUUGCAGUUUAACUUGGGAACUUGUGAUCUUCGUCGAGAACACACCGUAAAAGUCAUUGAUCGUAGUCGUAGUUUUUUUUACAUCAGUGCCACAUAUUUUAGCAAAAAAUAUUUUAUAUUUAAUUAUACUAAGAAAUAUAUUUACUCCUAAAUAUUUAUAUAAAUUAUAAAAUAUAACCGUAAAAUAUAAUCCUUGAUGAAACGUGCAAUGAAUGGUGCCAAUGAAUAACCAACAAUUAAAUAUUUUAAAACAGUGUACUGGUAAUGAGUAAUGAGUUAGUUGAUAUAAAAUAUAUAUCGGAGGACGGUUAUUAAUUAUUUAAAACCGAUUCCGUGUGAUUGUUUAUAAUUAUAAAUAAUUAAAGUAACGAUGGCUGCUACAUUUGAUCAGUAUGACAAAUCCAGUUGGUACUUUGGUGCAAUGUCACGGCAAGAUGCAUCGGAUUUACUGAUGGGUGAAAAAGAAGGUGGAGUUUUUUUAGUAAGAGACAGCACAUCAAUACACGGUGAUUUUGUCCUGUGUGUUAGAGAAGACAGUAAAGUCAGUCAUUACAUUAUUAAUAAGAUUCAACAAGCUGAUCAAAUACGCUAUCGUAUUGGGGAUCAAAUAUUUCCAGAUAUUCCAAACUUACUGGCAUUUUAUAAGUUACAUUAUUUAGACACGACGCCGCUCAUCAGGCCAGCGCCGAAAAAAUUACAAAAAGUUAUUGCUAAGUAUGAUUUUGAAGGCAAUGACCAAGAUGACUUACCCUUUAGAAAAGGUGAAAUAUUAACAGUUAUAUCAAAAGAUGAAGAGCAAUGGUGGACAGCUAAAAACAACGUUGGUCAAAAGGGAUCCAUACCAGUACCUUAUGUCCAAAAGUAUGAAGAAGAAAAUUCAGGUAACGCAGUCGACAGCGCAGCAAGUGGAGUACAAGAAAUAAGCAGCGGUGGUAGCUCAGCUUCAAAUUCAAUAAAUUUAUCAUCACAAGCGAUACUACAGCAGUCAGCUAAUCAAGAUUCGGCAGCAACACAGCAGCAAGUAACUCGUCGUUCAAACAUACAAAGAACAUUACCGGCAUUCGCUAAAGUUAAACAAGCACGUGUACCAAACGCUUAUGAUAAAACUGCAUUGAAAUUAGAAGUAGGUGAUAUUAUUAAAGUGACUAAAACAAAUAUUAAUGGGCAAUGGGAGGGUGAGUUGCAUGGUAAAACUGGUCAUUUUCCAUUUACACACGUUGAGUUUGUUGAUAAUGAAACGAGUGAAGAUAAUCAAGAGGUAUGAGAAAAUAUAUAAAAAAAUAUAUAUAUAUAUAUAUAUAUAAAUAACUAUUAUUAUUACACUGUAAAAAAUUUUCGGAGUGAACGCAGAUUUAAUCCGGAGUAAAUGUAGAGUGGAUGGCUGUUUAUUUAUUUGAUUCUCUUGGAGUAAAAUUUACUCCAAGGAGGAGGUAUUUUAAAAUUUAAACUCCGGGUCAGAGUAAAAUUCACUUCUAAAAGAAGUUUAUUUUAAUAUUUUAAGUCGGUAUCGGAGUGAAUGCGAAUUUAAAUCAAAUCCAGAUCACUCCGAAAUCACUCCGCUGGAAAAAAAUUCCCUAUUUACUCCGAAUGCGGAGUGAUUUUUUUAAACUCCGGAACUCCAUGAUGGAGUGAAUUCAGAUUUGAAUAAAAUCUGUAAUCACGUCGAAUUUACUCCUGAUUUUUUGCAGUGUAUUAUUAUUAUUAUUAUUAUUAUUAUUAUUAUUAUUAUUAUUAUUAAUAUUAAUAUUACUAUUAUUAUUAUAAAUAUCUAUAAAUAAAAUAUAUAUGUUCUUCCAUGCGAUAAUAUCUUGAGGUUGUUACCAAUCAAAGAGUUAAGUAAUGUAUAAAAAAAUAUAAUUAUUAUAUCAUUUCAUAUUGCCAUUAGCUAUUGCGUAUACCAAUUUACAUAUACCAUUUAUUAAUUAAUAUUAUUAGUAAUUAUAUUAUUAUUAUUUAAUGUAAUAACGGCAUUUGUCAGCAUGGGUUUCUAUAAUAGUGUACAGAAAUUCCAUGGUAGUAAAAAAAAAUAAUUUUUAUUAAUUUUAUACAUGUGCAGGAUAUUAUUAAUACAUUUUGUAAUUUUAAAUAGCGAUGACGUCAUUAACUAAUUUAAAGUAAUUUUAUUGAAUUUUGAAUUGCUUGGUGGAUAAUAAUAAAAUAAAAUUUUUGAGACUAAAAGUAAAUGAAUCGAUAAAUUAUAGGAUAUUAAAUAAAUACUCGUUAGCUUCGAUUUAUUUAAAACUACGAGUUAUGUAUACACUAUUUUUAUUUUUUAGCAUUCGUUCAAUAAAAACCUUUUAUUCUGUAUUUAAUUUGUCUUACUGAGACACCUUGCGUCGAAUUUCGUGUUUUUAAUUAAAUUUUUUUUCUGUUUGUUAUUUUAUUGCGUAAAAAUAACAAGUUACUUUUAAAAAAGUAUUUUAAAUCUGUGUGUUUGUUAAUAUUUAUUUAGUGUACGUUUGAAACGUAAUGAAAAAAAUAUUUUUACAUUAACACUUCAAUCGGACAUUUUUUUCAUGUUUGCUAGAUAUCUUAAAUACAUAUUUAUAUGUAUAUAAAUUGGUUAGAUGUUAAUUUUUAAGGUAUUCAGUGACCAAGAUGUCUCAGUGUAAGAAAAAAUAAAACCAUAAAAUAUAUAACUAGUUGCCGGAAUGAGGCGAAAAAAUUUUUCGAUCGUAAAGCACUCUCUGAUGCUUCGUAUCAUGAGUCGUGCAAUAUGUAUUUUGAAUUCAAAAUGUGGUAACUCAUACUAAGAAAAUUUUAUGACAGGUACUAAUACUUUACAAAUUAUAGUAUAGAAUUUUAAAAUGAGCUUAAAAAAAUUUUUUAAUUGAAUUUUAUUUUCAACAUUUUUACUAGCCCUAAGAAAUUUUUUGCAUUGAGAAUUAAAACUAAAAUUUUUUUGGAAGAAAUUUUUUCUAGACUAGAAAAUUUUUGUUUUAAAUUCGUAAUGCAAAAUUUUUAUUGCACAAAAAAAUCCUUUUUUUUUGUAUAGGCUAGAAAAAAUCUUAAAGAUUCAGUAUAUAUAAAUAUAUAUUUAUAUAUAUAUAUAUAUAAUAAAAAAUUCAUGGAUUAUAAGGUUUCUGAAAUAAAAAUCACGAUAUGAGAAUUUUUUAUUUUAUAAAAUUAAAAAAAAUGAUCUAUUAAAAUUUUCGAAUUCUUUUGAUGAAUUUUUAAAAAAUUUGUAACUUUUUAACUCACAUAAGUUGAAAUAUAUAAA